AUGACCGAGACGAAAGCUUCCACGAACGAGGAAAAGGAGCUGGCACCCCCGUCUCUCGGUGUUGUUCGGGAUGUGUUUGAAGAGUUUGGGGUCCCGGACGUGUCCGAUGAAAUAUGUACUCGUGUGUUGGAUGUACUUUAUCGGCACACGUGUGACAUUGUUGAGGAAGCAAAAGCAAUAUCGAAUCAUGCUGGCCAUUCGGCAAUUGAAGAGGCUGACAUGAAAUUGGCCAUUGAGCUCGUCAGCGAUGGUCUCAUGUUUGCUCCUCCACAUAAAGAACAGCUGUUGGCCUAUGCGGAGAAAAACUCACAACCCCUACCAAGUAUCCGAACUCAUCACGGGCUACGGUUGCCUACGGAUCGACAUAACUUAACUGCUCCAAAUUAUAUAUUAACACACCCUGGGACCGAAUCGGAUUCCCAGAUAUCCAAUCCAAUCGAUGGAGCAGCCACAUCAAUCCACAUGACUGCUCCCGCCUCGGGUCCACAAAAUUUGUUACGGCUCACCACGUCCGGUCACGCGAAUCCUUCGACCGUUCGAGUUAUUGCACCACCCGGAAUAGCUAAUGUGCAACGGCGAUUCCCCGAAGGUCAUUGA